GAUGCCAACGACAAAUUAACAUGGGAGCAUCCUGCUGAGAAUUGCCUUAGUCAUUUUUCAUUGGACCAUUUCAAUCUCGCUGGCUCUAUUCGUGCUAACGGGGCCAUCGAGACCUCAGUUGUUCUGCAUACUAUCUCUUUGGAUGAUAAAAGAGCUGCCCUGGAGAAAGGAAUUACAACGUUAGUGUAUAUUCAUGUUCUGUUUGUUUAUAUUCAUGUUUUGUUUGUUUAUAUUCAUUGUUUGUUUAUAUUCUUGUUUUGUUUGUUUAUAUUCAUGUUUUGUUUGUUAGGUCACGUUUAGUUAAGAUCGAAGCAAAACAACACGAAAUCAUACAACAUGUUUGCAUAAAACAAUGUGCUCAGAAAUUGACCACGUUCUUAGAAAUUGGCAUUAAAUCCCAGAAGAACUCAAAAGUGUUUCGAUAAAAGAUUAAUUGAUUUUCUGUUUAGUAUGAUAGAGAGACGAACAGAUGAGAGAACGUCACAAUCCGAUACAUCAAACAUGAUUGCUGUGCAGUUCCAGCAAACGAAAGAUUUGGACAAGAACAGUAAGUUUUAAGUGGUAGUCGAGUCGUAUUUUGAACUAUACUUGAAAAAGAUUACACUUCCAUAGUGUCAAGUAGUCCAAAUGUUUCUAAUCGUUUUCAGGUAGUUCUUAUUGUAGAAUACUACACUGCAUCCUACAGUACGUUUAAUAUAUUGUAUACCCGGUAUUAAAGCUUGUUUACACUAUCAGAGUUUCUGUAAUCACAGUUGGAAUUUUGCAUAGGUAAAUUAUAAAGUUUUCAAGAAUUUGUAAGAAAUGUUUGGAGAAACUGACUCAAUGUUAAACACUAAGUCAGUUCCCUCAAAAAAUUCUUACAAAACUUAGAACUUACCUUUGCAAUCAACUAUGCUCACAGAAACUUUCAUAGUGUAAAUCAGUCUUGAUAUACAGGGUGUCUCACAUAGAUAUCUUAUAUACACACUAGAUAGUGCAUCUAAUUAUUCUGCAAUUCAAAAAUUGAAGCCGUGAUUGCAGUCUCAGGUCGUUCCCAUGAAAUGAGAAGAUUCGUAUGUUUUCUAUUUCUUAAACACGGAACUUAAACAUUAAGUUAACCCUAUUCCAAAUACAUUUUUAAACUAUUCAAAUGAUGAAAGUUAUUGUUGUUUUUAAGCGUUUAUUAGCAAGUGGGAACGACCAACAUGGCCGCCAUCUAUUCAAAUGGGGGUAACCGCUGGAAUAUUCUUGGCUUCAAUUUUACUAAAAGAGAUGCACUAUCUAGUGAAUAUAAGAUAUCUAGGGUGUCUCAAAAAAAAAACGCUACGGAAAUUAAACAGGCUGUCAUGCAUCAUAAACGUGGCUAAACAAUUCAAUUUUUACAUAGGACGAAAGAACAGUUAUUUAGCUUUUCAAUGAUACUCUUUUUAAGUCGUAACGAUGAGAAAUGGCCACAUACUCGUCAAAUAAAAAUUGCCGGUCGAAAUCACAUUCUUCCACCGUUGGGAAUUGCAUCGAAAACGAAACAUAAACAAUUCCCAAGAGGGAAUUAAAAUUGAAUGUUAAAUUAUCUAAAAUAAGCUCAACUCGUCUUAGUGAGACAAUAACUCAAUACGAAUUUAGUACGAAACAUGAUUCAAUUAACCCCUGAACAGAGAACAUUCGUUAUCAAAACGUUUUAUGAAACAAAUAGCUUGCAGCAGGCUCGCGUUGCUUUUGGAUUGACUAACUUAUUUGCAUAAUUAUUGUAUUUUCAAUUCCCAACAGUGGAAGAAUGUGAUUUCGACCGGCAAUUUUUAUUUGACGAGUGUGUAGCUAUUUCUCAUCGUUACGAUUUCAAAAAGGUGUCAUAGAAAAGCUAAAUAACAGCUCUUUCUUCCUAUGUAAAAAUCGAACUGUUUACCUACGUUUAUGAUGCACAACAGCCUGUUGAAUUUCCGUAGCGUUUUUUUUUUAGACACCCUGUAUAUAGUAGUGCUCCAGACGUUUCUGCCAUAAUCAUUGUAUAGACGUAUUUCAUGAUCAAUCUUACUCCUUUCCAUUCUCUCCAGUCACCGUCCUCGUGAAAGGGAUGUCAAUUAUUGUCAAUGUUGAAUUCCUUUUGGUUCUCUCGACUGUCUUCACCGAAGCCUUGGAGGAGGCUCCUUCCCAGGACUCUGAGACGAAGCCCGAGGUUCUGACAGAAGCUAGGAUGGUCUCAACCGACCUUGCUAGUUCGUCGACCGCGCCGCCAACACCAGGCAAUCAAAGCCCAGUACUUCAAGUUACGGUACAAGUUGAAGAGCCUGAGAUAUUUCUAUUGGCUGAUGCUAAACAGAAGGAUACUAAUGCGCUCAUCGUAAAGGUACGACAGGACUUGACUUGGUCACAGAUGACUAGGCUUGAUUUGCUACGCAAAGUGAAUAACUUGUGACUAUAGGCUUGACUUGCUACUCAAAGUGAAUAACUUGUGACUAGGCUUGACUUGCUACUCAAAGUGAAUAACUUGUGACUAUAGGCUUGACUUGCUACUCAAAGUGAAUAACUUGUGACUAUAGGCUUGACUUGCUACUCAAAGUGAAUAACUUGUGACUAUAGGCUUGACUUGCUACUCAAAGUGAAUAACUUGUGACUAUAGGCUUGACUUGCUACUCAAAGUGAAUAACUUGUGACUAGGCUUGACUUGCUACUCAAAGUAAAUGACUUGUGACUAGGCUUGACUUGCUACUCAAAGUGAAUAACUUGUGACUAGGCUUGACUUGCUACUCAAAGUAAAUGACUUGUGACUAGGCUUGACUUGCUACUCAAAGUGAAUAACUUGUGACUAGGCUUGACUUGCUACGCAAAGUGAAUAACUUGUGACUAUAGGCUUGACUUGCUACUCAAAGUGAAUAACUUGUGACUAGGCUUGACUUGCUACUCAAAGUAAAUGACUUGUGACUAGGCUUGACUUGCUACUCAAAGUAAAUGACUUGUGACUAGGCUUGACUUGCUACUCAAAGUGAAUAACUUGUGACUAGGCUUGACUUGCUACUCAAAGUAUAUGACUUGGGACUUCACUUGGACUCGGACAAAAUAACUUGUACAGUAACUAAUUGACUUGGAUUUGCAAGAAAUGACUUGUUAACAACUUUGCUGAGAUUAUGAGCAUAGAAGCAGUGCAGAACUGGCAGAGAUCUUUUAGUUAGUUUAAUUGGAACUUUGUGGCUAUCAGAUAAUACUAUUCUCUCGUAUCCUCACGUUAGUCUUCUAUUUUCUUCGUCAGAAUACCCUGGAUGUGAGUUUGAAAAUCCGAGACGAACAGAUUUGGUUUCAAACGUCUAUACAGAAUCUUCAUGUUGUGACUGCCUCGUUUGAGAAGAAUCGCAGGGAAAUUUCACAAGCUGAUGUAAGAUAUAACUAUGGCUAUGAUACAAUAAAUGACAUGGUUAUUAUAACCCACCCUGUAGAUAUAACCAUAUAGACAUAUUCUACGAACAUGUACUACCUCUGUAUAAUCUAAUCAUACUUAACUCAACAGUGAGUUCUGUACAACAUUGAAGGUAGCCCACAUUCAAGAACAUGUACUAUCUCUGCAUGAUCUAACCAUGCUUAACUCAACAGUGAGUUCUGUACAACAUCAGAUCACUUUAAGGUAGCCCACAUUCAAGAACAUGUACUCCCUUUGCAUGAUCUAACCAUGCUUAACUCAACAGCGAGUUCUGUACAACAUCACUUUAAUCUUUGUUGUGUAGGUUCUCAGAGUGAAACACAUCUGCCUUCACUUAUCAUCCAUGAUUGGAGGACGUCCUCAUAUUGAUCUUAAUACUACUGUGGCCUAUCUGAACGUUUCACCUGCUUUUGUUGGCAUAGCAACAGCGGUGACGACAUCACUUGCUCCGUCGAAGGUACGUCAUCAUCAAAGGUUGAGCAGCAUCUGCUGUCACUCUUACUGAAACACUCCAUUUUUCAUGUCAUGUUUUUUCAACGGACCUAAUUCGUUUUAGGACGAGGACAGCGAAGGAAAGAACGAGGAUGUUCCAGACUUGUUCAAGGCAGUUGAUAUUUCUGACUCCAAGAAAUGGUACCUCAAGGAAGGUUGGUCGUUUAGAAAUGGUGUAAAUAGAUAAAUUUAGGUAGUUUAGCUUUCUCUAUUUUUGAAGUUUCUAAAGUGUUGUAAACUUCUUUUAGUUGCAAGAGGCCAGCUAGUCCCUGGCAGUCGGGUCUUUGCUCGGGCUCCUGACUUGAAAAGCUAUGUCCCAGGGUUAAUUACCACCAUCGAUAAAAAGAUCAACGUCAUUUUGGACGAUGGCGCGACUUGGUCAUGUGACGUGAAUGACGCCAGAGGCGUGGUCCUCGACGAGGCACCGCUGGCCAAGGAGAUAGCGGUCGGUAGCAAAGUUAUCACUCUGGUUAAGGAGGGUGAGCCGAUGCAAGUAGGCGUGGUUACCCAGGUCAUGGAGAGUUCCGACCCAGACAACCCAAAUUUUUCGGUGAGAUUUUCGGCAGAACAAGAGGAUGCGAAACCGUUGAAGUAUAUCCGCUUGUUGCGCAGUGUGAAGCAAGGAGGUGAGGGAUUGGGGAGAGUCUGAUUGUUUUGUAGUUUAUGAAGAGAGUCUGAUUGUUUUGUAGUUUAUGAAGAGAGUCUGAUUGUUUUGUAGUUUAUGAAGAGAGUCUGAUUGUUUUGUAGUUUAUGAAGAGAGUCUGAUUGUUUUGUAGUUUAUGGGGAGAGUCUGAUUGUUAUGCUUGCCUUGAUCAUUUCUGUUGCGCAUGUGUGUUUCACCAGGGUUUGAUUCCUGCAAUAUGAGAAGAGUGCUUUCAGUUUUGACUCUACUAAACACCUCGGUGCUUUUGGAUUUCUCUUGUAGCAACACUAGAGAAAUGAGGAUUACCUUUACUCGUUGUCCAACAGUGAGGUAAUUAGGGAAUUUAAGCUUCACAUUUCUGGGAACGGCAAACGUUCUUGGCAAAAUUUUCGUUGAACGUUUUCGUUUCAUAUUUUCUUUCUUGCGUCGAAAGAAUAAUUAUGUAUUUCAGUUUUAAAACAACAAGUUUAUUUACUCUUUAUUGCCUGACACCGUAAAAUUUUUCUUUGCCUGGCGUUUGCCGUUUGACGUAUAACGCAAAGUUUCCUCCUGUAGUAACACUGAUUCAAUAAGGAAUGGCUCUUACUGGACCUCUAGGAAGAACAGUUUCGGACUGAUAGAACUAUCCAGUAUAAAGUUUAGUUAAGGUUUCCUCCAAUGACCCUUACUGGACCUCCAGAACUAACAGAGCUAUCAAGGUUGUAGUUUAAACACUUAUGAUACCUCUGAUUUAUUCUCAGCUCCUCACAACAAAACAGUCAUCUCAAGCGCAGUAUGGGCUCGGCUACCAGAUAAAAAACACUAUGGCCAGGGCUUUAUCUCGAAGAAAGACUGGCGUUAUCAAGUCAAGUUUGCAAAUGGCACUCACAUUUAUCACUUUCUCAACGAUCCUUUGGCCGUUGUCGUUGACCGCACGUCACGGCCUGAGCACGUGACCGUAGGCUGUGACGUCAUCGCUCCCAUUCCCAACAAGCCGUUGAUGUAUCCAGGUCGUGUUAAAAGAAUUGCGGUCAGUGGGUACGAGAUACAGUUUGAUAAUGGUGCAGUACAUGAAGUGUCGAUAUAUGAUUUGAAACUGAUGAAAGUGCCGAAAAAAGAAGGUAGGAAAUUUAUGUUUUGUUAAGUGGAAGUUGUAAAGUAAAAUGGUAAUUUGGGUGUUUGUAGCGGUGUUGGUGACUGGUAGUUAGUGUAUGUGACAUUCAUCUCUAUGACCGUGCUUUGCUGGCCUUUCACUGCGGUUAUUUGAAUAGUAAGUUUGUUUGAGUUAAGCAUGGUUAGAUCAUGCAUGUUCUUGAAUGUGGGCUGCCUUAAAGUGAUCUGAUGUUGUACAGAACUCACUGCUGAGUUAAGCAUGGUUAGAUCAUGCAGAGGAGAGGUAGUACAUGUUCUUGAAUGUGGGCUGCCUUAAAGUGAUCUGAUGUACAGAACUCACUGCUGAGUUAAGCAUGGUUAGAUCAUGCAGAGGUAGUACAUGUUCUUGAAUGUGGGCUGCCUUAAAGUGAUCUGAUGUUGUACAGAACUCACUGCUGAGUUAAGCAUGGUUAGAUCAUGCAGAGGUAGUACAUGUUCUUGAAUGUGGGCGACCUUAAAGUGAUUUGAUGUUGGACAGAACUCACUGCUGAGUUAAGCAUGGUUAGGUCAUGCAGAGGCAGGCAGUACAUGUUCUUGAAUGUGGGCUACCUUAAAGUGAUCUGCAGAGGUAGUACAUGUUCUUGAAUGUGGGCUGAUGUUUUCUUCCAUAGGACAUCGUCUCACAGUUCGAACAUUGUUGUGGAUAAAAUACUCAGACAAUUUCUACUAUCGUGGGUAUAUUGAUGGCAUUGAUAACAAAAUUUACGUCCGCUUCUAUGAACAUGAUGAAAGGUGUUCGUUUCCUUUGAAUGAUCGCUCUGGACUGGUGCGAGACAUCACGCCUAAAGAAGUUAUGGUAUUGUAACUUUAUAUUUGUUUAUACAAGAAGAUGUGUGAUAGGAUUGGUGGAUGUGGUGGUUCUUCUUGUAGUAACAUUGGACCAAUAAAUGAUGGAUCUUACUGGACCUGUAAGGAGAACAGUUUAAAACCAGUAGAGUAAUAUAUAAGAGAUGAUCCUUACUGGACCACUAGGAAGAACAGUUUAGAACUGAUAGAGCUAUCCGGUAUAAAUAAAAUUAGUUUAGUUUAGGUUUCCUCCUGAAGUAACACUGAAUCAAUAAGAAAUGAUCUUUACUGGACCUCUAGAAGAACAGUUUAGAACUGAUAGAGCUAUCCGGUAUAAAUAAAGUUAGUUUAGUUUAGGUUUCCUCCUGUAGUAACACUGAAUCAAUAAGAAAUGAUCCUUACUGAACCUCUAGGAAGAACAGUUUAGAACUGAUAGAGCUAUCCGGUAUAAAUAAAGUUAGUUUAGUUUAGGUUUCCUCCUGUAGUAACACUGGAUCAAUAAGAGAUGAUCCUUACUGGACCUCUAGGAAGAACAGUUUAGAACUGAUAGAGCUAUCCAGUAUAAAUAAAGUUAGUUUAGUUUAGGUUUUCUCCUAAAGACCAAUACGAGAUGGAUGUUGCUGGACCUCUUGGAAGAACAGUGUCGGUUUCUUUUUAUUUAGCUUGGUGAAAAUGUGAUAGUGCUUAAAGGAACGUAUGGUAUGCGAGGAGUGGUGACCAAGGUCGAAUCCAGAGAGUCAGAUCCCGUGUUUUUGAUUGAAGGAGCUGGGAACGAGAUGUGGGUACCACUCAAAGAUAUUCGUCGUUUUGAGAAAACUAGCGGCAAUAAAGGUAUAUUUUGAUGCUUGUGAUGUUACUUGGUAUAUUUUUAUGCUUGUGAUGUUACUUGGUAUAUUUUGAUGUUUGAAGCUUAUGAGUGUAUAUCCACACUGGGCAAGCUUGAAAAACAUGCCUGGCCACGGUGUAUUUUGUUCUCGUAAUGUAAUUAACUCUCGUCAACUUUGAACCAGCUCAAAGUCGAUGAGAAUGCGUGAGUGUCGAUGAGUGUUAGCGAUGAAACGCUUGCGAGAUUUCUAACUCUUCGUAAUGAAAUUUAUUUAGGUGUGACGCAGGAUCCGGUGAAUGAGGUGGAAAAUCUCUCGGACAAUCGCGAAGAACAGGUAUUUAUGAUGUCAUUAAAGUUACAGCAGGGCCCGAAAUAGCGGACUGCCAAUGGCCAAAAGCAGGCCAUAUUUUAGAAAUGGCAAGGCAAAAACAAAUUUGAACUGCCAAGUCAAAAAAAAAAAUGGUAGGGGAAAUUCUAUAUAGAUAUAUUUCAUUUCAUUUGCUUAACACAACUUAUAUAUACUAGAUCAUUUAGUUGACUAAAUACGUUUAUAUUUGAAAUGUAAAUCCAAGUUUACUGUAGUAAAAUAGACAAGUUUAAAAAUAACAAUAAAAAUGCAUAUCAUGAAAACAUUGAUUUUUACAAUAAGACUCAUAUCAGACAUCGCCAUUUUGGCAGUUCAAUGAAUAAAAAUGGCAGGCUAAAAUUUAUUUUACCUGCCAAAAUAUUUUCGACUGGCAGGCCAUAUUUUUUCUCUUCUUCGAGCCCUGAGUUACAGUCUGGUAUGGUGUUCAUUUAUCACCACUAUAAUCACACGAAUACAUCUAAAAAUAUUUUUACACAUGCAAAUUGUGUCCAAGCAUUCUUUCGCAUUAUGUAGUUAAUGCUGAAUGUUGAUGGCUUCGUGUUCAACGUGGAGGCAGAGAAAGGUGGUAAUUUGAUCAGUUUGUUGAACAUGAGAGGAAAACUUAGCGCGGAAGUGAAAAACUGGCAAGAAAAGGUAAUCGCAUUUUGUUAAACUGUUGUCUUGUUUAAGGAAUGCACUAGAACUGUAUUUAGGACCAAAGGAGCGUACGAAGUAGCCUUAAUUGUUAACAAAACUAACUUUACUUAGAAUAGAUAGGUCUAGCGUUUCUAAAGGUUCAUUAUGAGGCAUCUCUAAUUGAUCGAGUCUUACUACAAUAGGGAACCAGAGUAUCUGGAGACAAUCUCCGGUGUUUGGUAGAGUCAAACUGGAAGCAUUCUUCUCAAAUGUGACUGAUGUGGAAUUUUAGUCAGACAACAGCUUAUAUCAAACGUCGGUCGCCCUGCAGUGAAGGUCUUGUUACUGUCUAAAUUUGAUCGAGAGAAUGUUUAUUUGUUGAAUAUUCUAGUUGAAUGGCAAAGCAGAGCUGCGCUUGGAGGCAAAUUAUUUCAAUGAAGAACUUUCGGAGUGGGAACCUUUAAUUGAAAAGUUGGAGACUAAGGAUGGAUCUAGACCAUGGGAACUGUCUGUUGGCGUAAGUAUGGAAUGGUGUAUGGUAUGGUAUGGUAUGGUAUGAUGUGGUAUUGUAUGGUAUGGUAUGGUAUGGUAUGGUAUGGUAUGGUAUGGUAUGGUAUGGUAAGGUUUGGUAUGGUAAGGUUUGGUAUGGUAUGGUUUGGUAUGGUAUGGUAUGGUAUGGUAUUAUGUGGUAUGGUAUUAUGUGGUAUGGUAUGGUAUGAUGUGGUAUGUUAUGGUAUGGUAUGCUCUGGUAAGGUUUGCUUUGGUAUGGUAUGGUAUGGUAUGGUGUGGUAUCGUAUGAUUUGGUAUGGUAUGGUUUGGUGUGGUAUGGUAUGGUGUGGUGUGGUAUGGUAUGGUAUGGUGUGGUGUGGUAUGGUAUGGUAUGCUGUGGUAUGGUAUGGUAUGGUAUGGUAUGGUAUGCUAUGGUAUGGUUUGCUUUGGUAUGGUAUGGUAUGGUAUGGUAUGGUGUGGUAUGGUAUGGUAUGGUAUGGUAUGGUAUGGUAUGGUAUGGUGUCUAUGGUAUGAUAUGAUGUUAUGUAGUGUGAUAUAACAUGGUAUGUAAACUGUCAUUUCUACGUGUAGUUCAAGAUGAACCAUGAUGACAUGUUAGAUGAUGUUGGCUCACAGAUGAUCGUCUCUGUUGAAUCGCAUGAUGUUCUUGAACUGACAAUCACCAAGACAAACAUAGAUGUGUUUACUGAACUUGGAAAGGUUUGAAUUAAAACACUUGGGGUUAUUUGAACUAACACACACGUGCUAGUUUUCCACCUUCAUUGGUGUGUAAUAUUUCAGCCAGGGCAGCAGAUGCUGGUCCACUCCAGAAAUGUCGACCUUUAUGGAAGCAAGAAAAUUAAACUACAUCUCUCAAUGGGCAAUUCCAGCCAUGGACGAAAUUUUGAUCUAGAUAAGAAGAACAAAAUCCAUCACAGCUAGAAAGAGCAUCUUAAAAUGAGUAAAAUUGCAAAGUUUGGUUGCAAAAUGUUGUAAAAUGAAGAGAAUAUAGCCCUGUGAAACAAAUUUUGUAUAUAUUUGCAUUACGCACAGGAAAAAUAACCAUUUUUGAGCGGAAAGUGGUUAUUUUUACCGCGCGUCAAACAAAUAUAUACAAAAUAUGCCAACUUCAAAGGGCUAUAUUUUCUUCAUUUUACAACAUUUCGCAACCAAACUUUGCAAUUUUACUAAUUGUAACAUUUCUAGCUGUGGUGAUGGAUUUUGUUGUUCUUGCCUAGACCAAAAUUUAGUCAAAAGCUGGAAUCACCCAUUGUAUUUAUUUGCCACCAAAUACAAGACUACCACAUUUAAAAGAAGAGAAGUAACAUUAUUGUCUCACUCUGAUAACUGCAGGUUGACCUACCAUCUGCUGCACGAUAGAGCUUUAAACACGAAUUAUGCAACCGGGCAACGAUGAAAUAUUUUGCCCGUUAUUUCGUUUUUAGUCGUUUGGCGAAGCUGUCACAGAGAGCGUUGGUGGCUCAUCAAUAGCGUUGGAGAAAACCGCUCCAUACGAAAUCAAAAACGAAGUAAGUUGAAAUAUUUAUCCUUUUAUUGAGGAAGAGUGUAUUUUUUGUACUGGUUUGUAGUGGCCACUGCAUGUAUACUACCUGGCAUCUUCGACGAUUAAUCGAUUUUUUUCUUAUUUUUCAGCUUGGUGUAGACGUUUACAUCAGGCCAGGAAAUACUUUUAAGGUAAACUUUUCAAAGAAGAUCUUUAAAGAAGGUUUAAUUGUUAACCAUUAGUGUCCAUUACCUAUUGAAGUAACCAUUUUUAUUCUUUGCCCAGGCCCCUGACAACAUGAAAGAUGAGGUUGUAUUGGUACGCGCUGGAGAGUCCCUUCUGUUACAUUUUGCUCGGCAUUUGAGAUUGGCCAGCACAAGUAGCGAUGUGGAGACGAUCAAAAUUGCUGUCCAGGUGUGUUGUGCUUCCCUCUUUUUUUUUUUGUGGACGACGACAAAUUCAUACAGUAUUUCAGUUCAAUUUUUUAUUCAAAUUUAGAUUUCAAUUUCAAAUUCAAAUUUGAAAUUCAAAGUCAAAUCUAAAAUGACGAUUUAAAAUUCAAAGUCAAAUUAAAAAUUAAAAUUCAAAAUCAAAUUUAAAAUUCAAAGUCAAAUUUAAAAUUCAAAUUUAAAAUUCAAAUUUAAAAUUCUUAUUAUUAGCAUGACAAAAUUACUGGAUGCUGAUUGGUUGAGAGGAGUACAAUUAUUUCAUUAAUUGUACUGCAGUACAAUUAAUGAUUUUCCCAAAACAAACAAAAUGGCGGAAAGGUAUUUUAAACACAAAUGUGAAAUGAAAUUGCCCUAGAGGAACUAGAUGAAAAUACGAACAAAAGCACCAAAUUUUGAUUUAACAAAAGAACUAAAUGAAAAUACGAACAAAAGCAUCAAAUUUUGGUUUAAAAUCUGGCAGGACUGGGGUUAGCUUUAACCGACUUCGAGCUUGCUGAACAUUUAAACACGUUUUUUCUAUCUGUUAACGAAGACAUCUACCCUUUGGACAUAAACAGUAUACCUGCUUUCCUCCCAGCGGAAGAACCCCUUCCAAAGAUUUCUGAGAUUGAAGUCUACAGCAAAUUGGCCAAGAUUAACCCCUACAAAGCAAGUGGCCCUGAUCACAUCCCCGCACGUAUUCUAAAGGAAUUUUCUUUCGAGCUCUCGAAACCAGUUGCACGGGUUUUUAACGUUUCUCUUUCCGAAGGAGUCACCCCAACUGCUUGGAAAAAGUCUGAGAUAAUACCUAUAACAAAAGUUCAGCCUGUUUCUGAUGAAGGUGACCUUAGACUUAUAUCCUUGACUCCCUGUCUCUCCAAAGUAUUGGAGGACUUUGUGGUAAAUUGGAUCAUUUCGGACUUAGGUCAUAAAAUCGACCCCCCGGCAAUUUGGCUGUUUAAAAGGCACUUCCACUACUUAUUGCCUUCUCGAUAUCCUUCAUAACUGGCUAAAUCACCUCGAUAACCCUGGAAAAUACAUCCGCGUUUGCUUCCUUGACUUUUGUAAAGCAUUCGAUCGGAUCGACCACAACAUCGUCAUUUCGAAACUUAUCACCCUCGGCGUACGAAGAGCCUUGAUCCCGUGGAUCUGUAGCUUUUUGUCUGGUCGGAUGCAGUCUGUAAAAGUUAAUCAAUUUACCUCUAACUGGGCUCCUGUUACUGCCGGUGUCCCGCAGGGUACCAAGCUUGGCCCUAUCCUAUUCCUCGUAAUGAUCAACGACCUUGCCAGCCAUUCUCCGUUGAGGUCUAGUAAUUGGAUGUUUGUUGAUGACGUUACCAUCUCCCAAGCCAUCCAUCGUAACUCCCCCCCUGGAAUACAACAAGAUCUCCACUCUAUUAAUGCCUGGUCGAUGAGUAACAACAUGAAAUUACACCCUAAAAAGUGCAAGGACUUUACCAUCUCUUUUCUUCGCAACCCCCUGCAAGAACUGUCUUCUACAUUGUCGAUCAACUCCCAACCUUUAGAGAAGGUCACCUGUUUUAAACUGCUAGGAGUCACCUUACAAAACGAUCUAAAAUGGAACGCCCAUGUUGACUCUAUCACGUCCAAAGCUUCAAAGAGACUUCAUAUUUUGCGAGUUUUGCGUAACUCCGGUGUGUCUGCCAACGACCCCCUGACUAUCUACAUUUCGAUUAUCAGAUCUGUGCUAGAAUACUGCUGUGCAGCCUGGAAUACAUCUAUCCCCUCCUACCUUUCCGACAAAAUCGAGAGGGUUCAACGUCGUGCUCUACGGAUUUUAUAUCCAAACAUGUCCUAUUCAACCGCGCUUGCUACCUCCUCUCUUCCCCAUCUAUCCGAUCGUCGUGAUACUCUUUGUAAGAAGGUUUUGGAUAAAAUAACAAUACCAUCAUCACGCCUUAAACGCAUUUUACCUCCGACCCGGAUUGAGUCGCAUGGCAGAGAACUGCGCCACUCUAGUAAUCUUAGCCUAUUUAAGUGUAGGACGGACAGAUUUAAGAACAGUUUCUUCCCAGCUAUGUGCUCACGUACUAUGAACAAGUCAUGACCGUUGUCAAUUAGGUUUACAAUCUAAAUUUCCAUUUUUAUAUAACUCCAAUUCCUAGUUUUAAAAAGUAACAGUAGUCUUCAUAAUUUUAUGCUUGUAAAAAUACUAUAAUUCACUAUUACUUGUAUUGGUGCGAUUGUAUUUUAAAUAUACCGUCUAUUAUUAUUAAUAUGAUGUUGACAUUGAGAAGUACGUAUCCAAUUUUGUCAUGCUAAUAAUAAACAAGUAAUCACGCGAUGUUGCUCGUACAAUUAGGGAAAAAUAGUACUCGUGAUGUUUGGAAAUUUGCCAAAUUGGACUCGCUUCGGCGGCUCGUCCAAUUUUGGCAAAAUUUCCAAACAUCACUCGUACUAUUAGUCCCUAAUUGUACUCGCCAUCAGAUGAUUACCUAUACAAAUUCAAAUUUAAAAUUCAAAUUCAAAUUGAAAAAACCCAACCUAUUCAAGUGAUCCUAUCAAAUUCCAAGUGUGCUAGAUUGUCUGUAGGCAAAUAUCAAUCCCACGAUCUUGUAGGCACUUGCUCUGAGGACAUUAUGAAAUUAACAAAAAUAUUUUAUUGACAAAUAGGUCGAAGACUACCAUGAGCUUAAAGAUCUAUCUAUAAAGGAAGCAAGCUGUGCGUUUUUCAACAUUGUUCCGAAAAAGGCAAGUUUCUAUAACUUUGGCAAGCUUCACUAACUUUAAACAGCCUAGCUGUCCAAAUCUUUUACUUCUAUUUUUUAACCAUUUAGCUUCACAAACAAGGAUUUCGCUCAAUGGUGGUCCAAGUAACUUCACCAGAUGGAAGAAAAUUGGUCGUUUUAAGAUCACCAUUCAGAGUAAGUUAUUAUAACCAUACAAGUCAAUAUCAUUCAACCAUUAAGCCUGCUUCUACAGUUGAUCUCGCCAGUGUAAAGUUUGGUGCAUUUACUGUAUGGUACUGACUUAUUAAUAUGCUGCAGCUCUAUAAUUUACUUGACGUAGACAAGUUUGAAGUUCGAAUGAUAAUGACUAAAAAAACUUUAUUCAUAGAUGAAAAAUCACUGUCCCGUUCCACUGGAAAUAUUUGUUCAAAAUCAAAGUAUUGAGUUGAUGGAUACUCUGAAACAAGAUGACUAUCUCAACAUACCUCUCACCAUCGCUAACGAUGAUCUGGGAUAUUUCAUCAAACCUGCAGGUUUUCCGUGAGUAUCUCAAUCGUGGUGGUUUAGUGUAGGUAGUAUUCUACAAUAAGCUGCCGUGGUUUGUGUCUGAACUACCUGAAAAAGAUAUCGCAAACGUGGUGGUCCAGUGUAGGUAGUAUUCUACAAUAAGCUGUCGUGGUUUGUGUCUGAACUACCUGAAAAAGAUAUCUCAAACGUGGUGGUCCAGUCUGGGUAGUAUUCUACAAUAAACGGUCGUAGAUCAGGCGCAAACCAAGGUUAGUAACAUAUUAUUGCUGUAUUUUUUCAGAUAUGAAAAAACUAUAGAAGAAAUACGCUUGAGUCAGGUGUCAAAGAAUGGCAGGAAACUUUUUGCUUGUGCGGCUCCGUGGGCCGACGCUGAUCCAUUCUAUGUUCAGGUCAGACUAACUUUAUUUAUACUAGAUAGUCCUAUCAGUUCUAAACUGUUCUCCCUAGAGGUCCAGUAAGGAUCAUCUCUUAUUGAUCCAGUGUUACUACAUGAGGAAACCUAAACUAAACUAACUUUAUUAAUACUGGAUAGCUCUAUCAGUUCUAAACUGUUCUUCCUAGAGGUCCAGUAAGGAUCAUCUCUUAUUGAUCCCAGUGUUACUACAGGAGGAAACCAAAAACUAAACUAACUUUAUUUAUGCUGGAUAGCUCUAUCAGUUCUAAACUGUUCUUCCUAGAGGUCCAGUAAGGAUCAUCUCUUAUCGAUCCAGUCUUACUACAGAAGAAAACCUAAACUAAACUAACGUUAUCAGUUCUAAACUGUUCUGCUUAAACUAAAUCAUUCCGUAUUCGUGCGUUGUAAACAAAUGGUAACGACAUAUUUACUUUCAAUCGCUAGGUUCGAUGUGUAGGUGAGCGAUAUACAAAUGCAUCAGGAUCAAAAACCAACCAGCCAUGUUAUACCUUGCAUUAUUAUCCACCCGUGGUCUUGAUGAACUAUCUUCCUUUCCCAAUUCAAUUCAGUCAAGAGGUAAAAAUAUAUUUUCUCUGAAUAGCCCUUCCCAAUUAUGCAAAGGCCUUCCCCAGACCAUUGGAAGCUGCCUGCUAGCCUUCAUCUUUCUCCGCCUUCGUCUUUAGGGUCUUGGAACGUUUGUGACUUUGGAAGGAGGAAACAAACUGCCAAUCUAUACAGUGGAUCUUGACAAUAAUCCAGUACUCAAUAUAAGGGUCAGUAUGGUCGGUAUGUUUUAACAAUAGUAAACUAAACCUCACUCGAUACUGGACUCCUAAGUCUCCCUUGAUGUCCCGUAUGAUCUAUUCCAUUCUUGUUUAGUGUUACUAGAGGAGGAACCUGAGUACAUGGAUAAAACCUGAAAUGUUUUGUAAAGUCAAACUGGAAGCAUUCUUCUCGCAUGUAACCAGAGGCCGCGGAAGCAUUUCGAAAGUGGAGGGGCAUUGACCGAAAGGGGCACUUUUGUAUAUGACCAGAAUCAAACGAUUUUAUGACGUUCACGAGCCGAACGAAAAUUUUUGAAAAUAUGGAGUCUCUCUAACGUCGGAAAUGGCCUUUACAGAGUCUUUACUACUGCGAAAAGGGCAUUUUCUUUCCAGAAAAAGAGGGCGUUUAUUCAAGAAAUACUUUUUCCGUUCUUUAAAUGGGGCAUUUUAGCCCAGAAAAAAGGGCACUUUUUUCACUUUUAAGAAAAGUGGGGGGGCACAUGCCCCCAUUGCCCCCCCGGUUCCGCGGCCCCUGCAUGUAACUGAAGUGAAACUAAAAUCAGACAACUGUAUAUUGCAGGAAUUGAGCCCAGGGGCGCUUUCCAUUUAAUGGCCAGAUCGUUCACACCUAAAUUUAUGCCUCUGUAUUAGUGGAAAGUUUAGUCUGGUCUAUAUUUCUCAAAUAUCUAGCGAAAAUGGACCUGCUUCUAAUUUUAUCCAAAUUUUCCUAUUAGAUACUGUAGGUCCAAAGUCCGAACGUUUUGCGUUCCAUUCAACAAUUUGACCGUUCUGGUCCGGCGGUCUGGCCGUAUUUUGGAAAGCUUCUAUCACGGAGACGAAAGCCACCGCAUGAAAGCAAACUAACGGUUGUUUUACUGCGUGCAAUGAUGUAUAUUUGGUUAAAUAAUUUACGUUGUUUUGUUAUUCAGUUGGAGUCGUAUCUUGGCGAAACAUAUACUGGUCAAAUCAGACUGCGAGGCAAUCUUGCACAAUUGUCUGUUGUUUAUCUUGUGUCUGGCACUAAGAAAUUAGUAAGUUUCUGACUCAUAUGAUGUUCUUAUUCUUGGGUUUCAUAUGACGUCCCAGAAGUGACGGGGGGGGGGGGGCAACCCUAAAACAGAACACAGUUAUCAGAGUGAGUUGAUCGUUCGUUUUAUAAUUAGCCUUGUGUUUGGUGGCAAAUACGUGGAAUGUCGUAUCAUUUUCUCACUCCCGUACAGCAUAAACAUCAGUAUAUUUGAGGUUGACCCCCCAUCAGAUUUACUGCAUAAUAACGUAGUGAAACCCAAGAAUACUGUGCUUUGCUCCAUUAUAAGAUGCAACAGUCUGCCAUUAAUGGAUAGAUUUAGGACUCAGGAAAAUUAGGGUUGAGCGCAUGGCGUGAAACAGGCUUAUUACGCAUUUUGAAAUUGUGAAAUUUCUACCCUAUGUUAAGGUGGUUGGUGUGUAUGUUAAGAGAUCUGGAUCACUGGAGAUUACACUCUAUUCGAUGUACUGGCUUAUAAAUUACACUGGACUACCACUGGAGUAUAAGGUAGGAAUGUAAGAAUAUGUGGGGUGUUAUUUUAUUUUACAAGUUUGCCAUUAUUAAAGGUAUAAACUAACUAUGAAUUACACACAAUGGCUGGAAUGACCACACAGAGAAAGAUUCUCCAAUAACAAGGUUCCCAACAAUAACUUACACUAUAGUGUGACAGAUAUUAGACAUACUAAUAAACAGAUAAACAAAUUAACAGUCACAAAUGGAAACAAACAACGAUAAAGACAAACAACAGGUUGAUACUGUUUUCGCUAAUGAGAUCCUCAUUGAAAUUCUGGACUCGUGAAUGAGAUAUUUGAGUAAUUUGAAGCUAUUAAGACUGUUUGUGUAUCGAGAAAGCUAUUUUUUCUUCUGAUUGAGUGAACUGCUGUCGAAUUACACCCCCGAAUUACCAUAAUGUUUAUUUUGCAGGCCUCAGACUCUGAUGCAGUAAUUCAACAUCCCGCGAACGAAAACGAUGUGGCCAUAUUUGCAUUCACUUCAAAAAACAAAAAUACGGUGAGUGGGUAGCCUGACCACACAUCUUCGUUUUGUUGCCGCCAAUUUUGGGGCAGCAAUACAUGAGUGGGAAGCUGAACUGACUCAUGACUCUUUUCCAGCUUCGACUUCGUACAAGUGGAUCAGAUUGGUCAGACAAAUUCUCUCUCGAUACUGCUGGUAGUGGAGGCUCUCUGAAAUGUAAGAAGGAUGGCAAAGAAUAUGGGGUAAGAUGAUUCUGUUAUACAAUACCAUACCAUACCAUACCAUACCAUACCGUACCAUACAUCAUAUCAUGUUCCAUAUAUCAUAUACCAUACCAUAUCGUACCAUACCAUACCAUAUCAUACCAUACCAUACCAUAUACCGUACCACAUAUCAUACUAUGCCAUGCCAUACCAUACCAUACCGCAUGCCUUAAUAUUCUUUGUUUCAAACAUUAGAUUGGCUCAGAGAUUCGACUAUCAUACUUCAGUUUGACCAAAAUUGUUGUGUUUACACCAUUAAACUUACUGGUCAACCAUACCAAGGUACACCUAAUGUAAUAUUUGUAGUGAUAUGUGAUAGGUGGCUUUUACUAAACACUCUCAUGCAGCCGAUGGUCGUCAACCUACAGUUAUCAGAGCCAGAAUGUUAGUUCGGAAUGUUAAUAAUCUUGUAUUUGGAGGAAACGAAAUAUAAGUUUUCAGGAUGCUAUACGUGUCAAGAGUUCCAAAAUUGACACCAUCUGUUGCCCCAUAGUACUUACUGAAAUCAUAUUUUUAUUUGUAUCAUAAAAUUAUAUUUCUAUUGUGAUCUUAUAUUUCAAAUGUCAUCGCUUAUUUCUAUUUCUUUCCUAGCACGCCAUUUCACUAUGCGAGGCGGAAGGUCUGUGGUACACUGCUAAGUCAGGCGAGGUAUGUUCUAUGUUUUAUUAUUUAACCCACCAAUAAAGUUGUUUUCUCUGUAGCUUGUUCCAGCUUCCAACUGGUAACAUUGUUUUUGCGUAUUUUGUAAAUCACUUCUCUUUAAUCUUUUUUUAUUUAGACAAUCCCAUUCUGGCCAAACAGAACUCCUGCCAAGAACCUAAAGAUCAAGACAGAUGACUCACCAGCUGAGUCAAUUCCAUUCAACUUCCAGUCGAAUGUCAAUCUUCUUCUACGACUUGAUAACGAGGUUUGUAUUAAAUAGCUAGUAGCUACCUUAAAUGUAGCAUUACACUGUGUUGAGUAAUGCAUGUGCCUUACAGUUGUUUGAUUAUAAUUUUACCUCAGUCGCAUGUAAGAAGAGUGCUGUACUUCCAGUUUGACUCUACCAAACACCAGGUACUUGGAUUCCCUCCUGUAGUAACACUGGAUCAUUAAGAGAUGAUCCUUACUGGAUCUCUAGGGAGAACUGUUUAAAAAUGAUAGAGCUAUCCAGUAUAAAUAAAGUUAGUUUAGUUUAGGUUUCUUCCUGUAGUAACACUGGGUCAAUAAGAGAUGAUCCUUACUGGAUCUCUAGGAAGAACAGUUUAGAACUGAUAGAGCUAUCCAGUAUAAAUAAAGUUAGUUUAGUUUAGGUUUCCUCUUGUAGUAACACUGGAUCAAUAAGAGAUGAUCCUUACUGGACCUCUAGGAAGAACAGUUUAGAACUGAUAGAGCUAUCCAGUAUAAAUAAAGUUAGUUUAGUUUAGGUUUCCUCUUGUAGUAAGGUCUUUACUGGUCGUCCAGUGAGAACAGUUUGGGACUGAUAGAGCUAUCAAUCCAGUGGAAUUAACCUUUUAUAAUUUUCUUCAUUGUUUUACUUAAGGUGGGUGGUGUAUGUGUGACAAUGUUCAGUAAAGAUGCAGCCACUGUGAUGACGUUUACGCCAUAUUUUGAAGGAUCUGCGCCGCUCAGAAUUGAUAACGACAGCUCUUUCGAAAUUUGUUAUCGACAGUUGUGAGUACAGUACAUUAUAAGAAAAACACUGAAUGUGAUAGAGCUAUCCAGUAUAAAUAAAGUUAGUUUAGUUUAUCAUAUUUCACAAUUUUUUCUUAAGGAAUUGUGACAAAGUACAUGUUCUUCCACCUAAAAAGACCACAGUGUUUACCUGGGAUAAUCUUCAAGGCGCGCGCGAAGUCGAGUGGUUUAUUUUGGGGCAGGAGAAAUUCUCUGCAAAAAACAAGUUGGAAAAGGUUUGUGAUUCAAAAAUUCCUGAAAUACCUGGAAAAGGAUUAAAGAUAUUUCGAUAUUUUUGUCCUUUUUAAAAAAUUUAGUUGCAUAACUAAUUAACUACAAAUUAACUUAUUGUAAUAAUUUAUAAACGUAACAAAUUAACUAAUUAAUUAAUUAAUAAUUGCUAAAUAAGUGAUUAACUCAUAGAUUAUUAGAUAUAGUUAAUAGUAAUAGUUAAUUAAUGGUAAAUUAAUGCAUAAUUAAUUAAUUAAAUUAGUAAGGAAGUAAGUAAGUAAUUAGCUAAUUAAUUAAUAUAAUAGUAUGAGUAAUAGUUAAUUAACUAGUAUAUAAUUAAUUAGCAAAUAAUUAACUAAUUAACUAUGUAAUUAAGUUGUUAAUUACAUUAACUAAUUAACUACUAAUUAACUUCUGGUGUUCCUCGGGAUCCUGGAUUUUUUCCAGGUUUUCCAGAUAUCAAUCACAGCAGCCAAACAUUUUCAAUAUUGUACCACCUUCGUUUCUAACAAAAGCUAAAAACUACUUGUUACAUUAAUACAUAAUAUUUGUUUAUUCUCAGAAUGGCAUGGGAACGCUUGGUGAGAAGGAUAAACAACUUUGUUACUGGGCAAGUUUCCUUGAUGGUCUUCAACGUAUCUUAUAUUUCACUGAAAGUUAUACAAUGGCUUUCAGAGCUCAACAGGUAAGCAGUGGUCGUUGUAGCUAUAUAAACUAAACAUUUACGUAACUGUACAAACGUAUCUAAGUGACAACAGAUCUUUGAGUUCUAAGAAUCUAGAGCAACGAAUAACAGGGAAUGGAAUAAUGUUGCGGCUUGCACGUUUACAAGAUAUGUUUGAAGCAAAGCUGCCUGUCUGCUGUAUACAAACUGUCUGCUAGCCGUCUCCAAGCUGUUCACUACCAAAAUUUAUUGAAAGAAAACUGUCAGAAAAUUAAACAUUUUUACCAUUGUGAAUUGUUUCUAUGUUAUGUUUAUAAUGUUUAAUAUUGUGAAAUAUAGGACCAACUGGAAGUGCCCAGUCAAGAAAUAACAUUGUCUUUGAAAGGAAUUGGUUUAUCCCUGGUCAACAAUAAGAAAAGUAUUGAGUUGGCUUACCUCUCUAUUACACCGUGAGUUAAUAAUUGUCAAUUUAAACUAACUUUAUUUCUACUGGAUAGCACAAUCGGUUCUAAACUGUUCUCUCUAGAACAUUUGUUGGUUCAGUGUUACUGCAGGAGGAAACGAGAGUAUUCUUAGAAAACGUAGAAGCAUACAAGUGAGGUGAAACCCUCAUUUCCAAACUUUCAUUUUGAAGGAGUAAUGUCUUGUGGGAAGUACAAAAGAAAAGACGUCGAUGGAAAACGAUGACAACAAAAGCCUGUGGAGCUUUAGAAGCUGCCUAUAAGACAUUACAAGAUGAGCUGGCGCAUGGAGGGAGACAUGUGUAUAGAAGAAAGGUUGAUAACAUGACGGUGAGGAAAUAGUUUGGUUCUAAGAAUAGCUUAAUGUUAUGAUUGUAGUAAGCUUCGUAAUGUAUCUGACCAACAGUUCUUCAAUUCUUGUCUCCAUAUCAUCUCAGCUUUGCUUCCCUCACCUUCUCUGCAUUGUCUACCCACUCCACAUCUUCUUCUGAUCUCGUCAUUCCAUAAUGACUCUGACUGGUUCUCCUUCAUCUCUUCUUGUUACGUGUCCAUAUCAUCUCAGCUUUGCUUCCCUCACCUUCUCUGCAAUGUCUACCCACUCCACAUCUUCUGAUCUCGUCAUUCCAUAAUGACUCUGACUGGUUCUCCUUCAUCUCUUCUUGUUACGUAUCCAUAUCAUCUCAGCUUUGCUUCCCUCGCCUUCUCUGCAAUGUCAACCCACUCCACAUCUUCUACGGAUCUCUUCAUUCCAUAAUGUCUCCGACCAGUUCUCCUUCAUCUCUUCUUGUUACGUGUCCAUAUCAUCUCAGCUUUGCUUCCCUCAUCUUCUCUGCAAUGCCUUCCACCCCACAUCUUCUACGGAUCUCUUCAUUCCAUAAUGUCUCCGACCAGUUCUCCUUCAUCUCUUCUUAUUACGUGUCCAUACCAUGUCAGCCAUGCUUCCCUCACCUUCUCUACAAUGUCUAGCACCCACAUCUUCGUCGGAUCUGUUCAUUCCAUAAUGUCUCCGACCAGUUCUCCUUCAUAUAGUCUUAUUACGUGUCCAUACCAUCUCAGCCUUGCUUCCCUCACAUUCUCUGCAAUGUCUAGCACCCCACGUUUUCUUCGGAUCUCUUCAUUCCAUAAUGUCUCCGACCACUUCUCCUUUAUCUCUUCUUAUUACGUGUCCAUACCAUCUCAGCGUUGCUUCCCUCACCUUCUCUGCAAUGUCUCACCCCACAUCUUCUGAUAUUUUCAUUCCAUAGUGUCUCUGACCAGUUCUCCUUCAUCUCUUCUUAAUCUCUUCUUAUUAUGUGCCCAUAUCAUCUCAGCCUUGCUUCUCACACCUUCUCUGCAAUAUCUACACCUCACAUCUUCUGAUCUCUUCAUUCCAUACUUUCUCUGACCUGCUGUCCUUCAUGUCUUCUUAUUACAUGUCCAUACCAUCUCAUUCUGCCACCUCGGCGAUGUCUACCACCCCUUAUUACUAAAAUUACUAAACUGGCCACAUCCCGCUAAGAAUUUCAAACGGGGAAAGACGUUUGAUAAACGGGAAAAGACGUUUGAUAAUUCCAAAUUCAAUUUUCGUUCAAUCAUGUGAUCAAAUUGUUUCAUCAUUUUGGUCACAUGACUUCACGAUUCGACAGUGCUAUUUAUAAUAAUUAUUCCCAGUCAACUUCGAAACAACUCGGUAUAUUACAAGAUGGAGAUCAUAUUUUCGCUAAAAGGGAGAUCAUAUUAUAAGAUAGAUACUAGAUAGAUUGUUCAUAACGAUUAUGGAACUUUAAAAUGAACAUAAAACGAAUAUUUCAUAUAUUCUGUUGCAUUGACCUUCGUUUGGAUGUUUGUGACCUUGUUUACGUUUGAAUAACUUGAGUGUUGAGUAACGAAUUUCUGACGUUUAAUUCAAAACUAUGCACCUGAUUGGAUAAUAAAAUUAGAAGCCCAUGGACAAAAAUAAAUUGAUAACAAAAUCGUGAAGUUAUGUGACCAAAAUGAUGAAACAAUUUGAUCACAUGAUUGAACGAAAAUUGAAUUUGGAAUUAUCAAACGUCUUUCGCCGUUUAUCAAACGUCUUUCCCCGUUUGAAAAUCUUAGCGGGAUGUGGCCAGUAAUAUUUCUUUCUUUCUUCAUUCCUUGUCUUGUCCUUCAGCAAAAUCCCCAGAAACUCGUGUUUCUGACAUGGUUUUCAGCAUUCUAUAUUUGAAUAUUCUCGUAAGCUGCUCUAAAGCACCUUCUCUAAGUAUAUUUUCCAAAAUUCAGGUUGAUUUUGAAACUAUGGAGAUUAUCGAGCCGGAACGUCGUCCUAUCCGAAGGACGUUUCAUCCGGGAGUCUGGGUGCAAUUUAACCAAUCAGAGCACGAGAUUCAACUCCACUCAAAGAUUAAUGACAUUCAGGUCAGUGUACUAUAAAACCUUGAUAUCCGUGGGUCUUACUUAGGGUCUUACUGGUCAACCAGCAGUUACCAGAGUGAAAAAAUUAUUGUUUGAGAAGUUUAGAUUAAUGCUACAGUUUAAUUCUCGCGCAUCUAUCAAGCGCCGGUCGAAGAAGAAUGAGAGUUGACCAGCGUUGCCACGUUCAAACGAGAAAAGAUAGAGAGAGUCGAUAUGAGAGUCGGUAAGAAUUAACUGGAUAUUGCCACGCGUAGCAAAAGUUGUCAUCAAUAUACCACUAAUUCUUGUAAUUGUGUUGAUCGGAUUUUCUGAAGUUGAACUUCAUCUGCUGUCUUGUAACCAUAUAGACUUUCCAAAGUCCUUUCCAGACCCUUCCAUGGCGCGCUUCGCUUCCUCUGUGGAAAGGACUUUUGUCACUUGCAGCGCGCCAAAUAUCACCGGUGGAAAAAUCCACCGGUGACGUCAUUGUUUACAUUGCCGAUUUGCCGAAGCGGUUUACAUUAUUAUUGUAUUACAAAUUAUAUUCUCAGGCUUUCUUGUUGAACAAAUGUGUACUAUUGAAGCAAUUAGAGUAAACAAUAUAAUUACAAUUUUGUAGAACACAAAAACCAUGUGAAAAUACACAAACAAGCAUUACAUUGAGUAGGCUAUAUUUAAAAGUACAGGGUGUCGAAAUAAACUUUAUUAAUACUGUCACGUACCGAAGAUGCAUCUAAUGAUUCUAAAAUUUCCUCACUAGUUUUGGGUUUAGUUUGGGUUUCUUGAUCUCGUGAUUACUGAUUAUUAAUACAAAAUCAUUUGUUGAGAAAACAACGCGUAUUUUUACCGGAUUUUGAACUCUGGCGACGUCUUCUCGUUGAUCACAAUCGCCGCUUCUCUGCUUCGCGGUUACAGCUAGUUGUCUGAUUCUUUUCAAUUAGAUUAACUUCUAAUACUAAUAUUAAAUCGCUCGCGAACUGAAUCAACUUUCUAUAAUAAGUCUAAUAAAUUACUAUUCUUGUCGGCACAAUUACGGCACACAUUGUUAGACAAAACAACUGUCUAGAUUCAAUAAGUUUUUACAUGCACUCGUUUUUGUUGAUACAUUGAACAGCUUUCGGCGCUUACUUGGGUCAGUUAUUUCGUUUCCAUACUCGGUGCAAACUGUUUCAUUCGAGGACAAAGAAAUAUCAAUUCUUGGGAAUGUUUUUGUGUUUUUGUAGACCCACUGUCGGCGCGGUGAAGUAAUUGUAUGAAAUGUACACCCCCCUUUUAUGUCAAAAUUAUUCGCGCCAAAAUUUUUAAUGCGAUUUAAAUUCCUGCAAGGGACACAAGUCGACCACUCGCGACUUCGUCGCUCGGGUCGCGUGUUCCCUCCCCCACGCCCUUCCUCCCCCAUGGUCGACUUGUGGCAAGUCUAGUAACCAUACUGUACUCCUUCAUAUAACACACAUAACAAACCACGAAAUAUUUCUACAGAAAUUUACACGAGUAUAUUAUUUUCAGAUGGACAGUCAAGUUGCUGGAUCAACAUUCCAAACUCUCUUCCAUUCCAUUCCUCCUCCAAAAACUGUAGCAGAAAGCAACGGUACGUGCAUUCGUUCACUUUUAUCCACCCUAAGUCCUUUGGACAGGAGGAUUUUAGUCUUGUUUUGUUAAACCAUUCAAGUUAUUUUCUCACCCUCUAGCACCCAAACCAAUGAUUGAAGCUAGCAUGAUCACACGCACAGAAGAAAACGCUAUAGUUACCAGAAUCAAGUACGUAUCCAUGUAUUUUUCUGUUUAUUAUAUAAAAGACAGUCUUUGAAAAGCGAUAAUUUUCACAGAAAAGCGAUAAUUGAAACCGAUAAUUUUCACAUGCGAGGUUAUCAGUUCUAUCAGUGCUCGAGAUCUCUAUAAAGCACUAUACUUUAUAUAAUAAACUUCGAUAAUUACUCAAUGAGAACGAAGAAACUUACAUGUGUGUUUCAAUGUGGCGUUUCGGUUUUUUUAAGGUAUUUUAAGGUUCUUGUUCAGGAGUUAGACGUUAAAAUGGACAAAGGAUGGUUACUGCAACUUGUCGCUUUGUUCGGCAGCGAGAAUCAAGCUUUAGAUGUAAGUCGUGUUUCAUUUUUUCGUGUAUUAGUGGAUUUCGUCCGUUGCAAGUUCUUUUUCUCUUCCCUUUUAGCAAACAGUAAAAUCUUUGUGGCUUUUGUUAAAAUCUUUGUUAUUUUUGUUUUAGGAAUCAAAUUACGAAGAAGAUAAGAAAGUGAUCACGACAUCAUUGCAAUCACUAAAUGUAAGUAAUUGUAAACCUGUUUUGGUAGAGUCAAACUGGAAGCACUCUUCUCACAUGUGACUGAGGUGAAAUUAUAAUCAGACAACAGCAUAUCGUAGGAAUUGAACUCUGGUCACAGAAGUGAAAGUAACAUGAUGCUAUAUGCAGGGACGUCGCGAAGCCAUGGGGAGGGGGGGGGGGGGUGUCGUCAUGUUUUGACCAACAUUUCCUACGAUUUUGACCAAGUCGUAAAAAAUUUUCCCAAAAAUGUUGUCGACGGUUGCAAACCAUUUCAUAACUUUUUACCUUCUUACCUUAACUUUUUACCAUAACUCAUAAAGUUUUACCUUCAAUUUUAAGCAAAUAUCAGUUCCAUUUUGACCAACUUUGGGCAAAUAUCAGUUCCAUUUUGAGCAACUUUGGGCAAAUACAGUUCCAUUUUGACCAACUUUGACCAACGUUUGAAUUAUUGAGGGGGGAGGGGGUGUAACCCCCCUAUAGCGACGUCCCUGGCUAUAUGGCCACAAUGCCAUCAAGAUCUCCUAGUCUUGUUCUUUCGGAUGUAAACUUUGUUAUUUCCUUUCAACAGGCUGCAGUCACAGACGUACGAAAUUACUACGACUACUUUCAUCUUUCGCCUAUCAAGGUACGUUCCUUUCCUCUGAAAACCUUCAUUCCCCUUCCUAAAAUGCCACUGCACAUACUUUCAACAAGGCCAAAGCUAGAAAUCUUCACUUGCUCAAAUAUGGCGUAAAAGUUGCUUCACAUUAUGAAGUAAGCGUAGUCAUACAAGUAUACAUUCACACCUAUAUAUAAAAAAAAUAAUUUUUGUUCCCAGGUUCAUGUGAGUUUCUCAGUGCAAGGAGGUUCAACACCGCAGUCAAAUGUCAGCGGUAAUGUUGUGGACCUCCUGUUGAACAGUCUUGGAGUUGCUGUUGCAGACGUUCAGGAUGUUGUCUUGAAGUAUGUUCAAUAAAUAAUGGUUUAUUAAUGUUUAAAUAAUGGUUAUACCCGGUCAAGAACUUAUUUUGCUAUUCUGUUUGCUAUUCACAGACUUGCAUAUUUCGAGUUGAAAAACCAGAUCUACAGUCAAUCACAACUGAUUCAAGUGGCAACCAACCACUAUACAAGUCAAGUAAGGGAAAGAUUGAUUAUGAUAUACAGGGGUGGGAAAAAUAGGCGAGCACUGCUCGCAGGAAAUGUUAAACAGCUGCAGGAAAUUCUUUGAAUGAAGAUUUGCUAUUGAAAAUUUGAAGGAAACCUUAACACCCAUGUCCCACUAUGGGCACAACAACACAUGCUUGACAGACAUUAUUCCUUGAAUUUAAACCAUGGUCAGCUAGAACACAAUAUGUUUAUGCACAUGCAGAUUUAGCACAAAAAUACUCCGUUGGUCUGCCGGAAAUUUUUGUCUCCAGGUUGUGCUCCCAGGAAGAAAAUUCUUUUUUCCUGCCCUUAUGAUAUAAAGAUUUCUAAUGCAUGCAGUUGUUUGGCCUACUCUAGCUCACAAUGUUCCCGUUAUGAGUUGCGUUAUUAGGUGACAAUAAGCCCUAGAGUACACACGUAAAAACGCCCGAACCUGCAGCAGACUUGUAGCAAUGAUGUUCCAACAACUUGUCAACAGGAUGUGUUCGCACUGCUUGUUCCCAGCUUGUUGACAAGUUGUGAACGGCUUAUUGACAACUUGCUACAAGGUUGUUGACCUCAACAGAUUUGUUACAAGUUGUUCCAACUAGUUGUUAUCGUCCUGUAUUUCAACAAUAUGUCAACAAGUUGUGAGUGACAACCUUGUAGCAACUUGAUAACAGCAUUGUUACAACUUGUUGACAAGCUUGCUACAAGCCUGUUGCGAACACAUCUUAUUGACAAGUUGUGAGAUUUUUACGUGUGUAGCCAUGUUGUUCUUUCUUACUAGUUUGUUUAAAUGGCAAAUAUUUUAGGCCAUCAAGCAAGCUUAUGUUCUAGUCCUUGGUUUGGAUGUGUUAGGAAAUCCGUUUGGUUUGAUAACAGGGUUGACGACUGGCGCAAAAGAUCUUUUCUACGAGCCUUACCAGGUAAUCAACGAUUAGCUUGUCUUGUGGUCUAGCAUGGAAAUGACUAAUCUUUAGCAUUUGUGAUUGAACUUUUGUCAAUUCGUCUUAUCUAGGGGCUGAUUCAAGGACCAGAAGAGUUUGCUGAGGGAUUAGCGUUAGGAGUGAAGAGUCUAGUUGGACAUACUAUAGGUAAAGUCCAAUAGAAGAAGCGAGAGCUUGGACCUGCACGUUUUAGGGGGAGUUACUAUUAUUGGAAUUUUGUAUUCUUUUGUAUUUUAAACUUAACCCUAACCCUUACUCUAACCCUAAUCUUAAUCCUAACCCUUUCCCUAAUCCAAACCCUAAUCCUAAAAGUCUAAAAAUAGUAACUCCUUCUAAAACGCGACUCGUAUGCUGUAGCGAAAACCCUCAUCAAAAUGUGAACCAGACCUAACUUAAUGUGAGUGCUUGAGACUCGAUUAGAGUUGGCCGUCAAAUGUGAGCCAACCCCCAUCUUUGUUCCGACCGGGGUUUAUGACCACGCCCUGUGAGACCAGCGUGCCUAAGCAACGUGUCAAUGAUAUUUAUUAUUACGUUCGGACAGGCGGUGCGGCUGGGGCAGUGUCUCGUAUCACAGGAACCCUGGGGAAAGGUAUUGCUGCUCUAACCAUGGAUGAUGAAUACCAAGAAAGCAGGAGAACCACCAUGAGUAAGAAACCAACAAGUGUGAAGGAAGGACUAAGUCGAGGUGGCAAAGGUCUCCUUGAGGUAGGAAUUGAUGACAGAGGUUCAGCUUUGACUUCCACUUCCACUACUUUGGUAUAUCCGAUUAACCAAUCAGAUGCGUUAGAUAUAUCCGAUUAACCAAUCAGAUGCGUUAGAUAUAUCUGAUUAACCAAUCAGAUGCGUUUGAUAUAUCUGAUUAACCAAUCAGAUGCGUUAGAUAUAUCCGAUUAGCCAAUCAGAUGCGUACUGAGCCAGUAAGAGGUUGCGGUAGUGAAAUCAAAUCUGAACCUCUCUAUUAGAGACCUUAAGAAUGACGUUUACGGCUAACAGCAAACUUCAAAUUAUGUUUUGAGAACAACUUAGCUGUUCGAAGUCAGAGCAAUUGAUGCAUUACAACUGAAGCAUGAAUUAGCUACUGAAAUCAUGAUUAGCUACUUAGCUGUCGCAAACUUGAGGAACUUACCCUUCAAAUGGGAUUUAUGGUAUUAAAACUGAUUACGAACUUCGUAGAUAUUGAACGUCAAUUUUCACCAUCUUUGUGAAGUUCUUGCUCCAGAUAUAUAUAUAGAGCUCAAUGGGUAUGUCCAUUACUUUAUUUUAGGGUGUAUAUGAAGGCGUCACUGGUGUGGUCACUAAGCCAAUGGAAGGUAAACCUUAGCGAUUCUUUUCUCCAAUUCUUAACGCCCAUUUCCACUGGGCGGAAUUUUCCGCGCAAAAUUAAAAAAAUCCCCCCCCUGGUACAAUGUUGGCAAACACUCAAGGCAUGACUAUCACUUUGUUGAUAUUUGAGACAGCAAAAUUGUACCAGGGAUGGGGAUGCAAUCAUUUUGUAGAUGAGAGCAUCUAUGGUAUGUAAUUAUCAGCCAUGAAGAGCGUCCGAGUGUUUUUGUCCAGAAUUGUAGCGCAAUGGUUAGCGUAUGCGCCUUCCACUUCUAUGACCGGGGUUUGGUUCCCGCAGUAUGCAGUUGUUUGAUGAUAGUUUCGCCUCAAUCUCAUACGAGAGGAGUGCUUCCAGUUCCUGUGUUGAUAAGUGUUCAAUAUAUACAUGUUAUAUUUUUACAGGAGCGAAAAAGUCGGGAGCCAAAGGCUUCUUCAAGGGUGUGGGCAAAGGUCUUGUUGGUGUCGUCGCUAAACCAGUUGGCGGUGUUGUAGACUUCGCCAGCAGCACGUUUGAAGGAAUAAAAGGGUAAGCUUAUCUUUAUGAGAAGUUGUUGGAGCCAUUAGUUAGUGCACGUGUCUGUAAAAACACUGUGUUCAAACGCCCGCGUAUCAAACUGCUUGUACUCGACAGUCUGAAUAUAGUAUUGUCCUCACAGAGUGUAAACUCAGUAUAACCUGUUGUCAUAACAAAAAGCGAUGAAAUUCCCUACCUUAUACUUUCAGCCGUUUCCUUACAGUAAACACUUUUCCACGUAUAUACUCCUAUUAUUUUGGCAGACUUUUCCCCCGCCAUUUGUGGCAGGUUCAAAUAUUCAAUCCCUUCAAUAUAUGCACUUGUGUGAUUAUAAUUUCACGUCAGCCACAUGUGAUAAGAGCGCUUCCAAUUUGACUCUACGAAACACCACAGAUUUUCUUCUGGCUGUCCGGUUGUCGUACCACUGGACCAAUAAGGAAUUCCAAGGGUUGUCAAUAUGUCAUACAAUAUUUUAUUUCCAUUCGUUUAUUUCAGCACCGCGUCAGGUGGUCGUGAAAUCAAGCGUGUACGUCCAGCACGUCGAUUUUAUGCUGAUAAGGUGAGAAUUGGUCAUUGCGCAACUGGUAUACGGUAUACAGGGUGUCCCCAAAAACGAAAACUAUUGAAAUAAUGUAUUGUUUAAAUUUGAAUGCCUCAGCACUCUGCCGUACCCACACGUGCAUCAAAGCUUGACGUUAAGUAAAUUUUACGCAUAAGGAAACCGUUUAAGAAGCUGUUUUAAAUUCGCAAGAGCAGAAAAUCGUGCGCUUUUCAAAGAUAUUUUAAUUUCUUAAUAAGUCAAUAUUUAAUAUAUGCACCCUUGUCAAUAUUUUACGUAUCUUUGAGUACAGCUUAGUGCUAGGGAAUUCAAAUUUUAACAAUACGUUAUUUCAAUGGUUUUGCGUUUUUUGGGGGGACACCCUGUAGAAUUUUAGCAACAGGAGGAUAUUGCUUGUUGAAUAAAAGGCUAUAAAUAAUUUGCUUUUCUUUCUAGAUAAUGAGACCAUACAAUCGCUACGAUGCUGAAGGUGUUGAGUUUCUUAAGGUAAGUCUUCAGAUGUAUUCAGUAAUCCCAUUCUUGAAAAAGUCAUUCGAUUUGAAUCCAACCAACCAAUUAGCAGUGUGUUGGUUUAAUUACCCAGUUGUGAUAUUACACAAUGGUUAAAUGAAAAUAUAGCUAUUGGUUGGUUGGACGAAAACACAAUACACACGUGACAAUGAACCGACCAUUUUUUGCAUAAACCACGACAGAGUCAUAGAUAAUGAAGUCUAUUAUGUCUCCAUCGAGUUCCUUAACGUUCCUAUUCUAUUGAGUAUGGUUUACCAAACGUUUUUUUUUCUUGUCAGAUGUACGCUCAAGGAAAAGAAACAUUGGCUACGGAUUCCUACGUAUUUCAUUACUAUUUCGCUAAUAAUAUGGCGAUCAUGAUUACAAAUAAGUAAGUAAUUCUUAUUCUGUUUUAUGAUUUCGAUUUUAUCAGCUUGCAAUAAUUUUCAUUUUGAUUCUUUCGUUGUAGACAUGUUCUUCUGAUGAAGAAAGAAACUGUGAUUAAAAAUGAAUGGGAGAAUGCCUGGUUUUGCAAUCUCAAAGAUUUACAGGCUGAUCCGAAAGUAAACGGAACUAAAAUAACCUUUUCUACUCCGGUAAGAAACGGCGAGCGCACAUAUUGAAUUUGUCGGUUGAAUGUGUCUUUCAUGUCGAUAAGAAGAUCGACAUGCAAUACUUGAAAAAUAACUGGUUGAAAAAUAAUUUUUACCGCUUUGUUACGCAAUUAUUCAGUUAUCAUUCAAAGGCUUUCAGAAAUUAUAUAUUAUAUAUUAUACAUUAUAACUUUACCACACAAAGAGUGGCAGAAUCACCACAACAGUAUAAAAACCAAUUACUGUGAGCCCUAUUUUACAAAUACUAUAUAAACAUACAAUUACAUUAACAUAACAUAAUUUACGAGAACAAACACAACUGUCAGGAACAACAAGAGAGUGGAGUAGCAAGACUACGAGCAGUGUUACAUUUCAAACCGAUUGAUUUCCAAGUCUGGGGAUUUUCAGAUUCAUAGUUUAUAUUGAUAGCAGUAGUGUAAUAUCUAAUAAGUAAUAUUGAUACCCAUGAAGGAGUUAAAAUAAAUAAUCAAUUGAUUAAAAAAGUUAAAAAUACCAAAGCUCUUGGAGUUGAAUUGGACGAAAACUUGAGUUGGGAAAAACACAUUAACCAUAUUAGCAGUAAAAUAUCAUCAGGUAUUGGGGCUAUUAGGAAAAUGAGGGAGUAUGUCGAACAAGACAUUUUGAUAAAAGUUUAUAAUGCCUUAAUCCAACCUUAUUUUGAUUAUUGCUGUGAAGUAUGGGAUACACUUAAUAAAGGCCUAAGCGAACGUCUACAGAAAUUCCAAAACAAAGCGGCUAGGUUGAUCAUGAACUUAAAAAAUGAACAUGGUCAGUCUAUUUUGGCACGAAAAUCUCUAGGCUGGGUAACACUUGAAGAACGUAGGGCACAAAUGAAAGCCAGGCUCAUGUACAAGACAGUUAAUGGUUUAGCCCCCCAACGACUAUGCGAAGCUUUCCAAAAUCUGAAUACCAUUCAUGACCAUAAUCUGAGAGGUUCUUCAACAAGGUUUUAUAUUCCAAGACCAAAAACGGAAUCCUUAAAAAAAGCUUCCAAUAUAGUGAGGCUAAACUACGGAAUCAGAUACCUGAAGAGAUACGCAAUUCGGUAUCGUAUAAUUCGUUCUGUAAAAAGCUAUCUUCCUCGACCUUAAUCUCGACUUAAAGUAGUAGUUAAUUUUUUGUCUAAAUAGGUAUAUAGCCUAAUUGUAUUUGUUAUGUAUGUAAUAUUAGAGCUAGUAUAUAAAUAAUAAUUUGUAAGUACACAUCCCUUUUGGAAAUCAGCUUUUGCUGAAAAGGCCAAUGUGUUUAAAUAAAGUUGAUCUAUCUAUCUGUAAAGUAAAUAUUGAAAUGUGGACAAGGAAAGAGACUGUUGUUUAAGUUCGUUAGGAAGAAUUAAUGUUCCAUAUUCUUGUUGUUCUGUUGAUGAAGGAAGUCUGGUAGGUUACAGUCUUGCAUUUCUUAGUACGGAACAAGAUAAGGUCUGGAUUGCUUGUUGCUCUCGUUUUCCUUUCAUUGCCAACAUUUCUUGCAAGAUUUCUUGCGGGUUGGGGGGUGGAGACCGCCCUGUCCUUCCCUAGUUUCGUCAGUGGCCUCCAGUUUGACUGGUUUCUUCUUCCCAAACAAAUUUAUCAGUAAGAUCGCCAUCUUUCUCGUCUCAGGAGCAAGGAAAGAUGUUUAAGAAGACUGGGACGAAAGUUGUCGAUCUCAAGUCAGCACAAAUUGCAGAGGUACGGAGAUUACUUGUAAAAUUAAUAUUUCGACAAGAAUACACUCUUGCAGUUUCACAUAUGCGUUGUGUUUAUUUGACUUUGUCAACACAAGAUACCGCUCAGAAAUGACUAAUUAAACAUGUGGUUUUAGUCUUUGUAAACAAAGCCUAGACAAAGCAACACUGAACCGCAUGGAACCCAAAUAGAAUGUUUAUAAAUUUGUUUGUAAAUGUUUGUGUUUAUAUUUUUCUAGUUGGUAGCAAAGAAGACUAUUGAAGCUAAAGGCUUAUCAAGAUAAGCAAAUUUUAAAUAUUUUAGUCAAACUUAAAUUCUUACCGAUAGCUUGUGAAAGAUCGUGUUGAAUUUAUUUCAAAUGGAAUAGACGAAGAUUUUAACUGGGGAUUUUAGCUGCACAAUGAACUGCAAAGAGCAUGUUUUCCAUUUCAAACGUAUCGAAAGUAGCGUUGUUCUUUGUUUUCUGAGGGCUUGAAGCAUAACUAUAGUCUAUAAUGACUCCGACACAAACGAAAAUUCUUCGGUACGGUUGAAGUAGAAAACACAGGCUUUAGAGGCGUCUGUCCAACUUGUCGCUUCAAUAUCAUCCAAAUUGUUAGAACAGCGAUAUACUGAACACUGUCGGCAUGACUUGAAACUUUGAACAUGUAUUUAACUUUUACUCAAUUUUACUAAAUUAAACCAGAAUGAAGACUUUGAAAUGCUAUACCAUCAUUCCAAAUUUCCAAAAAUAUUGUCAAAUAUUCGAAAAUACAUGGAAUUUGUAUUUAUAGAUCCUCGAAUGCUGUCGUUAGAAUUGCUUGUUGUGC